AUGCCACCGAUUAGAAAGAUCAGUGUCACAGGGCAGGUACCCUCCCUUCUUCCCCACCUGUCCUACUGGGGAGCGCCGCGCUUUCCUAAGCAACGCCCUAGCGGUGGGAAUGGGAACACUCCGCCCGGGAGCUUCCCCAGCCGGACCCCUCGUAAGCCCCGAAGCCCUGGGGGAAGGAAAUUCCAACUCGGUCCUCGUCCAUCCCCGCCCCGUUUCUCUCUCCGGCUGGCUGCCCCUCUCGCUCCGAUGCCACCGAGUCUCAUCGCCACUUCUGGGUGGCAGUCCAGCGGAGGUGGCGGCGAGCUCCGGGGCUCUGGGCAGGGAUAUGGGGCAGGAAAGUAUGAGCCCUGGGUGGGAAAAAAGAAACGAGCCCUCCCAACUUUCCUUCGCGAAGAGUUUUCCCAGGGCGUUUUGUUUGUAAGCCCGGGGGUGCGCUGCAGGCGUGGCGGCCGUGCCUGUACCCCUUGCCCCGCUCCUCCUCCUACCACCCGGGGCAGCUCCUCUGCCUCCCGGAGAGGCGCCAAAUGGCUACCUAGUCAGCCCCACGGGGCGGGGGCUGCAGCGCCGCCUCCUACCGCCGCAGCUCCCGGCGCCCGCGGGCUGGGAGCCGGGACCGCAGGUGGAAGCGCACUCGCAGUGACGCGCCGCCUGGGAGCUGGAGCCCGCGCAGCGGUCCGCAGGGCGAUGGACGGCCGAGCCCCGAACGCGCGGGACACCCCGGCGGCGACACCGCCGCCCGCCGCCCCAGUCGGAAAUAAAACAUACUAUUCAAAUGAAGAGCUGUGUCUAUAGGAGUUUGUUCUAUAACCCAAUGUCCCUUCAGCCUCUGGAGCCCAUCAUUCUGCUGGAAAUAUACAGCAUAUUCACAGG